AUGACGCAAUGUGGUGAAAGCCGGAAGGAAGCCACCAAGCCGAGGAACCUCCUGUCGACCAGAAAAACCACCAGACUUGGCACCUGGAAUGUUCGUACAAUGUACGAGGCAGUGAAGGCACUGCAGGUUGCAAGAGAGAUGGAGGGCUACCAACUGGACAUAUUGGGUCUCUGUGAAACGAGAUGGACGAAUGCAGAGGAGUGCCAACUUGCUUCAGGGGAAACAGUUCUCUACUCUGGACAUCUGGAGGAAAACUCGCCGCAUACAGAAGGAGUAGGUAUUCUGUUAUCAACACACGCCAAGCGGGCUUUGAUAGGAUGGAAAGCAGAGGGCCCGCGACUAAUAUCAGAUGAAUUCCGUUCACGGAAGAAAGACAUCAACCUUCAUGUUAUCCAGGGAUAUGCCCCCACUAAUGAUAAGGACCAGGAUGUGAAAGAGACUUUCUACAAAAUGCUACAAAAUACUAUUGAGCAGGUUAGAAGGAAGGACAUCUUGAUUUUAAUGGGAGACUUCAACGCUAAGGUAGGCAGUGACAAUGUAGGCUUUGAGGAAAUCAUGGGGAAACACGGACUUGGAGUCAGAAACGAGAAUGGAGAACUAUUUGCAGAAAUAUGUGCAACGAAUGGGCUCAUGAUAGGAGGGACUGUUUUCCCACAUAAACAGACACACAAAUCAACAUGGGUGUCACCAGACCAACAAACUGAAAACCAGAUUGACCACAUAUGUGUCAACAAGAAAUUCAGGAAAUCAAUGAGGGAUGUUAGAGUUUACAGGGGUGCAGACGUAGCUUCGGACCAUCAUUUGCUCAUUUCAACCAUCCAACUAAAACUAAAGCGAAGACAGGGAAUUGUCAAUAAUCAUAGGUACCGGUACAACGUGGAAUUUCUUAGAGAGCCAUCAUCAAGAGAGGAGUUUAAUGUAGCAGUUAAGAACAGGUUCCAAGUGUUGGAAACACUAGGCGAGGAUAGCAGCGUGGAAGAAACAUGGGAGGCAACAAAAGAAGGCUGGACCACUGGGUGUCAAGAGGUACUGGGGAAACGGAAACGUGAGCACAAGCCUUGGAUAUCGGCCACCACUCUGAGGAAGAUAGAAGAAAGGAAAAAGAAAAAGGAUCAGGUAAACAGGAGCAAGACAAGAGCAGCCAAAGCAAAGGCCCAAGAAGAAUACACCAAAGCAAUUAAGGAGGUAAAAGUCAGCGUAAGGAAAGACAAAAGAAACUAUGUAGAUGACCUAGCGCGCGGGGCAGAGGAAGCAGCAGGGGCAGGAAACAUGAGAGGACUGUAUGAAACUACCAAGAAACUUGCAGGCAGAUACAAGAACGCAGAGGUGCCAGAGAAGGAUAAAGAGUGA